AUGCCUUCUCCAGAUGAAGCCUCAACUUCUUCUUCUUCAGACCCUGCCCCAACGUUCGAGUCGCUUGGGCUGAUAGAUCCGCUGCUGGAGGCCGUCAAGCAAAUGAACUUCAAUACACCUAUGGAUAUUCAACUCCAGUCUCUUCCACAUGCUCGUCAAGGCAGAGACAUCAUUGGCGUAGCAUCUACCAGCUCCGGAAAGACAGCUGCUUUUGCACUUCCUAUCCUCCAAAAGUUAUGGGAGGAUCCAAAGGGUCUGUUCGCGUGUGUUCUUUCGCCCGCCAGGGAACUUGCCUACCAGAUCUCGCAGCAGUUUGAGGGUCUCGGUUCAUCCAUGGGGGUGCGGUGUGCAACUAUUGUGGGAGGGAUGGACACGAUGGCCCAAUCGGUCGCACUAGCAAAACGGCCGCAUAUCGUGGUUGCUACUCCCGGACGGCUGAAUGACCACCUAGAGAACACUAAGGGAUUCAGUUUGAGAGGCCUGAAAUUUCUGACAUUGGAUUUCGGGCCUAUCAUUGACAACAUAUUAAAGGUCAUACCGAGGGAACGUACGACAUACCUGUUCUGUGCAACGAUGACCACAAAGGUUGCCAAGCUUCAGCGAGCGAGCUUGUCCAAUUCCGUCCAUAUAGAAGUCUCAGAAAAGUAUUCUACAGUGUCGACAUUACUGCAAUACUAUUUGUUCAUCCCGCUAGUCCAGAAAGAUGUCCAUUUCAUAUAUUUGGCCAACAUCCUGGCACAAAACUCAAUCAUUAUAUUCACCCGGACCGUCCAUGAUGCUCAAAGACUGUCGAUUGUUUUGCGCACUCUCAGAUUCCCCGCGGUCCCCUUGCAUGGCCAGUUGAGCCAAAGUGCCCGUUUGGGUGCACUGGCAAAGUUGAAGACUUCUACUCUCACUCAUGUUCCGCAUUACAGAGGUCUGGAUAUCCCGCAUGACGCUCGAGGCGGAGGAGCAGAAUGCAUUUCUUCAGUGAGCGCCGGCCACUCGAAUGGGAGGAUCUCAUCGCUUGCUCAUGAGGUGUAUAAGCUCACCCAUCUCGAUGAGCCCGCCGUAGCGAUCGCGCGUGCUCACACACACAUCCACGAUCUGCACGCUGAGCUCGUACUGCCAGUCGCCGAGGUUGAGCCCACCCACCAGCUGCCCUUGCGUGGGCCCGCGAGCGGUCGACGCCGAUCGACGUACACAUGCGCUGAAAGGCAUGCCGGAGCUAUGGAUCAUUCCUGA